CCGAGGUGGGAGAGGGUGGGGUCAGGCGGCCUUACAUAGCCAGAGCGGCCGCCGGCAGCACAGCCAGCAGUCGCCGCCGCGCCUCCAGCGCCCGCAGAUUUUAUAACAUUCAAGAAGCACAUGAAAGAGGCCUCUCAUCCAGUAUUCUUGAUUAAGUUAUGAAAAUGGAAUUGAAGCUUAUGUUCCCCCUUCGUACGGUGAGCCCAGCUGUGAGCAGGGUGUUCUGUUCUUCACUUCCAGCAAGCCAGGGACUCAGUUAUGAACAUCACAAGUUCAAUGAUUAAUAAAAUUAUUCUAUUUACUCUGUGAGUAAAAUGGCACUAAAAUGGACCUUGAAUAAAGUUUUAUAAAUGGACACUGACAUGGACUACGAAAGACCCAACGUUGAAACCAUCAAGUGUGUGGUCGUGGGAGACAACGCCGUGGGGAAGACGCGCUUGAUCUGUGCCAGAGCGUGUAACACAACGCUAACGCAGUAUCAGCUGCUGGCCACCCACGUGCCUACCGUGUGGGCAAUCGACCAGUACCGAGUGUGCCAGGAGGUCCUGGAGCGUUCCCGGGAUGUUGUUGAUGAAGUGAGCGUUUCUCUCAGGCUUUGGGAUACUUUUGGCGAUCAUCACAAAGACAGGCGUUUUGCAUAUGGCAGGUCUGAUGUUGUGGUCCUCUGUUUUUCGAUUGCUAAUCCCAAUUCCCUAAAUCAUGUGAAAACCAUGUGGUAUCAAGAAAUCAAGCACUUUUGCCCUCGCACACCUGUUGUUCUAGUUGGCUGCCAGCUAGAUCUCCGCUAUGCUGAUCUUGAAGCUGUUAAUCGAGCCAGACGCCCUUUAGCAAGGCCCAUAAAGAGAGGGGAUAUUCUGCCCCCAGAAAAAGGCCGAGAGGUUGCAAAGGAGCUGGGCAUACCGUACUAUGAGACAAGCGUGUUUGACCAGUUCGGAAUCAAGGACGUGUUUGACAAUGCGAUCCGAGCAGCGCUGAUUUCCCGCCGACACCUGCAGUUCUGGAAAUCUCACCUAAAGAAAGUCCAGAAGCCUUUACUUCAGGCACCAUUCCUACCUCCAAAAGCCCCUCCGCCGGUCAUCAAGGUUCCAGAAUGUCCCUCCAUGGGGACAAGCGAAGCUGCCUGUUUACUGGACAAUCCUCUGUGUGCCGACGUCCUGUUCAUCCUUCAGGACCAAGAGCACAUCUUUGCACAUCGAAUUUACCUCGCUACCUCCUCUUCCAAAUUUUAUGAUCUUUUUUUAAUGGAAUGUGAAGAAACCCCAAAUUGGAGCGAAGGAGCUGGUGAGAAAGAGAAGCAGAGCAGGGAUUGCCAGGGGCGGGUAUUGAGCCUUGACCCAGACGAGGAGCGGGAGGAAGGAACGCCAAGGACACCUCAGGCCAAUCAGUGGAAGGCCUCGAGCCAGAACCUGUCCCAGCAGGAGAGUCUGGCUCUGGAAGGCGAGAGCUCGACUCCGGAGACACAGACCUUAUCAGGCUGGAGCAAGGGGUUCCUUGGCAUGCACAAGGAAAUGCAAGCCAAUCCCGUUUCAAAGCGCGUGGGCCCUGUCACUGUGGUCAGGAUGGACUCCUCCGUCCAGCCAGGCCCUUUCCGGACCCUGCUCCAGUUUCUUUAUACGGGACAACUGGAUGAAAAGGAAAAGGACUUGGUGGGCCUGGCUCAGAUCGCAGAGGUUCUGGAGAUGUUUGAUUUGAGGAUGAUGGUGGAAAACAUCAUGAACAAGGAAGCCUUCAUGAACCAGGAGAUUACAAAAGCAUUUCAUGUCAGGAAGGCCAAUCGGAUAAAAGAGUGCCUCAGCAAAGGGUCGUUCUCAGAUGUGACGUUCAGGUUGGAUGAUGGAGCCAUCAGUGCCCACAAACCAUUGCUGAUCUGUAGCUGCAAGUGGAUGGCUGCCAUGUUUGGGGGCUCAUUUGUGGAAAGCACCAACAGUGAGGUGUAUCUCCCGAACAUAAACAAGAUGUCAAUGCAAGCGGUAUUGGAUUAUCUUUAUACCAAGCAGUUGUCACCUAACUUGGACCUGGACCCACUGGAAUUAAUUGCCUUGGCAAACAGAUUUUGCCUGCCACACUUGGUUGCACUUGCAGAGCAGUAUGCUGUUCAGGAGCUGACGAAGGCCGCAAUGAGCGGCGUGGGCAUCGACGGGGAAGUGCUCUCUUAUUUGGAACUGGCCCAGUUCCACAACGCCCACCAAUUGGCCGCCUGGUGUUUGCACCACAUCUGCACCAACUACAACAGCGUUUGUUCCAAGUUCCGCAAGGAAAUCAAAUCGAAAUCUGCAGACAACCAGGAAUACUUUGAGCGGCACCGCUGGCCCCCUGUGUGGUACCUAAAGGAAGAAGACCACUACCAGCGCGUGAAAAGGGAACGAGAGAAGGAAGACAUUGCACUAAAUAAACAUCACUCGAGACGGAAGUGGUGCUUCUGGAAUUCAUCUCCAGCAGUCGCCUGAGGAGGAAGAGAAACAAAAAUCAGUAAUCUGACACACACUUUUAAAAGCACUACUGUAAAAUUAGUCCUAUUAUUAGAGAUAAGUCGUAGUUCAGGUUUCAGGCACUGAUCUUCCUCCACUUUUGUGCAUUUAUCUUUGUUGGGAUCAAAGCACAAGCCUCCCCAUCAAUGAGCCUGGACAAAAAGGGAAGUUGACGCUCACUGCAUUCCUUAAACCUAUAUGUAUAUUUUUUGUUAGAAGGCUUAAUAAACUUUAGUCCGUUAUUCCGUUUGUUUUUAUACAAAGGAAAAAAAAAUCCAGCUUUCAUGUUUCAAAUUCCAAAUUGGAAAAUAUUUUUAUAUGGUCUCUUGUAUUUUGUUGAAAUGAAAAUACUAUGUAUUACUUUAUUUUACAGGCCACAAAUUAACCAUGAAGUCACCCUGUGAUUCUCUGCCCACAUGACCACCAAGCAUUAUUACAUAAUUAGAGGGUUAUCCUUUCAUUGUAAAGUAAAGGGUUGGAAUGAAAUUCCCCCAAGCGCAAGUUAGAGAGUGUUUAAUCUUUGUUCUGCUGAAUAACAUUGGUAUAAUUACCAAGUCAACUCCAAGAAUGUGUAUUUACAAUAUUUGCCGUGUAAGUGCUAGUAAUUAUAUGGUUAUAUGUGCCAUGUAAAAUACAGUGAUAUCAAAUAUUCUGUUGUUUAAAAUGUCCAGAUUCAAGAGGAUAAUCUUUAUAAUCAUUAGAAGGGCUUAUUAAAUCCCAGCAUUAUCCAGGGCAAACCCACCAGUGGACCUGAAUACAAAAGAUACCGUAAGAGUGUUGGUGUUUGGAUUGCUGUGUUCGGGUUUGUGUCACGCAGUAUUCCUUGAUCUUGCCAUGCUUCUGCAUGCAGAUUCUCUAGUGACUUGAAUCGAGAUGGGCGAGGGAAAGAUCUCCAGACUUUGUCCCAUCGUCUUACCAACCGAAACAGGCUUCCUCAGGUCUCUCACCUGCAGCCAACUUCACUUUGUAAGACACGCAUUUUUAACUCUUCCCAGGGAAAAUUCAUGCCACUGUAGAAGUAGGCUGAGGCAGAAGACCCACCCCUACUGAGAUUCAGCGGGGCCUAUGAAAGCGCAAAGCUGGAGGCUGGGUCGUCUGAGGUCCCUGCAUUCUCCAACGCAGACAGGAAUCUUCUUCCAAGAGUCUAGGAAAUGGUGCUAUUGUGAGUUAGUCCUGACCCUUUGUCAUUCUGAGUUUUCAGUGUUAAAAUAGAAAGCAUUGAGCAGGGGAGCUUUAUAGAAGCAGUCAAUCAUUGCUUCUCUGUACAUUAAAACGUUACAGCACUCAUACAGAGCAUUUUAAGGCGACAGCUCCAUACUUGCCAUGGGAUGUUGUAUGGCGGGGGCUAGGGCUUAUUUUGUUGAGAGGUCAACUUACUGAUGCUAAAGGCUGUUGAUUUUUUUUCUAGUUGUCGGAAGUUAGAAGAGAGUUGAGUCUAAACCCAGUGUUGACAACCAUAUGCAUUUGAAAAUCUAUCCAGAUUACGGAUGGACAUUUAUUUACUGGCAGUGGAUACACACCAGAUACAAGAGUUUGGAGAGGCCCAGAAAUGCAUCACCCUCUCAUGACAAAGGAGAGGGCACUAGAGUAGAGAUGGGAUGGUUGUAAAUGCUUUUACUUUAACUUUUGGUCAGUGGGGCUGUAAAGCAUUAACAGAAGGAGAAAGGAGACAGAAUGAGAGGAUAAAUGUCAAGACUCAGGACGAUUUGACAUAUAUCCCACCAUAAAAUGGCAACAGUUGAGUUUUUAGUGAAUGGUCAGAGUUGAAUUUAUACAACCAAAGCUCCCAUGUGAUUGUAAUCUUGCCAAAAUAUAAUGGACAUGUAAAUGAACCUGGGGAAUAAGCAAUAAUAUCCACUAGUGUUUGUCAUCAGCUACUGUAACCAAGUGGCUGGUUCAUUUGGUUGAUGCUGAUUAUGGCCUUUAACCAUGGUGGUUUGUUUUCGUGUUUUUUAUUUCACAAAAAGCCAAUAAAACUGUUUAGCUAUAAAA